GAAUUGAAAACGCCCCCUAAAAUUUGGGAAAGACACGAAGACGAAGACCCCCAAUCCAAAGGAUAGGAGAGGUUAACCCUUCAAAAUCACCAAAAUCCCUACUCUACCCACCCACCCCAGUGGAUAAACCUUUCCAUCUAUAUUAUUCAAGCUUCGGUUGUGUCGAUGAUAGUGUUAGGGUUAGGGUUUUCUUUAUCAAGAAUCGGAUGAGUAUCUUUCUGGCCGAUUACAUUUCUGGGGAUUGCGAUUUGGUCAUUCGAAGUCGCGGUAGGUGGGGCAAAGGCGGCUGAUUUUGCUUCUUUUUUUUUUUUUUUUAAUUCAGUUUCCUUCUUCUUUGUGGCUUUUGGGAUUUAAAUUUGGGUUCAAGAGGUUAAUGAUGCAGCAAGAUCGGCGAAAUAAGGGUCCAAAGGAGGUGGAGUUUUUCACCGAAUACGGUGAUUCAAACCGAUACAAAAUUUUGGAAAUCAUAGGAAAAGGAAGUUAUGGUGUCGUUUGUGCAGCAGUCGACACACAAACCGGUGAAAAAGUUGCAAUAAAGAAAAUAACCAACAUUUUUGAACAUUCAUCAGACGCUAUCCGAAUUUUGCGUGAGAUCAAAUUGCUUAGGCUUUUACGCCAUCCUGACAUUGUUGAAAUCAAACGUAUCAUGAUGCCACCGUCAAGACGAGAUUUUAAAGAUAUUUAUGUUGUAUUUGAACUCAUGGAAUCCGAUCUGCAUCAAGUCUUAAAGGCCAAUGAUGACUUGACACAUGAGCACCAUCGGUUUUUCCUCUAUCAAAUGCUUCGAGCUCUAAAAUAUAUGCAUACGGCAAAUGUGUAUCACCGCGAUCUAAAACCGAAGAACAUAUUAGCAAAUGCAAAUUGCAAACUCAAGAUAUGCGAUUUUGGACUAGCAAGGGCUGCAUUUACGGAUACCCCUACAACAAUAUUUUGGACGGAUUAUGUUGCAACAAGAUGGUAUCGAGCUCCUGAGCUAUGCGGAUCUUUUUAUUCAAAGUAUACCACCGCUAUUGAUAUUUGGGGCGUUGGAUGUAUAUUCGCUGAGGUAUUAACGGGAAAGCCGCUUUUUCCUGGAAAAAGCGCGGUUCAUCAGCUGGAGCUUAUUACAGAUCUUCUCGGGACGCCAUCAUCGGAUACCAUCUCUAGAGUUCGUAAUGACAAAGCAAGAAAAUACUUGACUGACAUGCGUAGAAAGAAACCGGUAUCUUUCUCUGAGAAGUUUCUACAAGCUGACCCGUUGGCACUUAAACUAUUGCAACGGCUAUUGGCCUUCGACCCAAAAGACCGACCCACUGCAGAACAAGCUCUAGCUGACCCGUACUUCAAGGGCCUAUCAAAAGUCGAGCGUGAGCCAUCAUGUCAGGCGUUUUCCAAAUUGGAAUUUGAGUUUGAGAGACGAAGAGUCACAAAAGACGAUAUCAGGGAAUUAAUAUAUCGGGAGAUUCUAGAAUACCACCCUCAGUUGCUCAAAGAUUACCUGGCGGGCAAUGAUCGCUCUGGUUUUGUUUAUCCUAGUGGCAUUGGCCAAAUUAGGAGGCAGUUUGCGUAUCUUGAGGAAAAUGAUAGGAAAAGUGGGCCGGUUAUACCUCCAGAGAGGAAGCAUGUUUCCCUCCCAAGGUCUACAGUAUCUUCAAGCACGACUGCUCCCAAGCUGCAGCAGAGUUCGGCAGAUAACGCGUCUCGUGGUGGCAGAGACGCCGAUACAACCACAAAUAUUUUUAAUGCCGCCUCUCGGCCGCCCCCAAGGAUGCCUAAAGGGCGAGCAGUGGGUCCUGUUCUUCCGUUAGAGGGUAGCAGAAACAUGAAAGACGAGUAUGAUUCCAGGGUAAUGGUUAGAAAUAGAAAUACGGUUGGUCUUUCUCCACAUUAUAUGUAUAGGAGCAACAGUUGGGAUCACGCACGUAGUCAACAGAAGUUAACGGACAUAGAACUGCAUCCGGGGUUGAUCAACAGAAGCCCGUGUCACAAGCAAGCACAUGGUCAACAAAAGUCAAGCCAACUGAUUGCGAUUGAUGCAAAUUUUAUGCAGUCCCAGUCUCAUAGAGAGGUUGGCAUUGUUCAUAUGGGAUAAUCAUUAUUAUUGUCAACAAUUGUUUUCGCCUUUUUUUCCUUCUAAUUGCUGUCUUUUUAAUGUGUAUUGUAUAAUACAUAUCAAACGCUAUAAUACGAUAACAUUAAUAGAACACUUAAGUUAUUGUAAUUCAUAUCAAGGGUAUAGGCCGACUCUAGAUGGGUCGGCAUCUUUCUUUAUCUAUUAAGAAGCUAAGAAGUCUCGGCUUCUAGUCAAAAUAA